AUGAAACUCCUCGCUUCUACCGUUCUGGCUGCUCUUCUCGCUCUUCCAGCCUUCUCGGACACGAUACCGAUUACGCUCGAUAUUGUUAAUGCCGAUGGCGCUCCUGAUGGGUUCAGUAGAAGUAUGGUGACUGCUAACGGAACGUAUCCUGGUCCGCUCAUCACUGCGAGCAAGGGCGACACGCUCGUCGUCACAGUCAACAACCUGCUAGAUGACCCGACGAUGCGUCUUAGUACCUCCCUCGACUUCGACGGCAUCUUAGUUGACACUGGUAACUCGUUCGACGAGGGCAGUUCCUUUGUGACGACUUGUCCUAUUGCACCCAACGCAAGCUAUACCUACGUAGUACCUUUGGUCAACAAUCAGACUGGAACAUUCUGGUAUCACAGUCAAUUGAGUGUGCAGUACGUCGAUGGCCUUCGUGGGGCUCUAAUCGUAUAUGACCCCGAUGACCCUCUCAAGGACCUCUAUGAUGUUGACGACGAAAACACGAUUUGGCAAGUUGGCGAUUGGUGGCAUAACAGCACACUACCCAUGCUCGCAGGCUACGUCGCUACUGGAAUCGUCCCAGUAUCUGACAGUGGUACAUUCAAUGGCGUGGGCAGAUUCAAUGGUGGACCCGAAGUACCAUUCUUCGUGGUCGAUGUAGUUCAAGGAACUCGAUACCGUUUCCGAAUCAUCAACACCUCUGCCAGAAAUGUAUUCACCAUGUCGGUCGAUAGCCACAACAUGACUAUCAUCGAAACCGAUGGUAUGCCCACAUCACCAAUGACUGUCAACUCACUCGAUCUGCUUGCUGGCCAACGUUACUCUGUUGUGGUCGAGGCCAACCAGCCUAUCGCAAACUACUGGAUCAAUGCUCCUUACGUUGGCGGUUCUCCAGCCAGGAACUUGAACCAGAAUGCCACACUUUCCCGGGCUAUCCUGCGUUAUCAAGGUGCACCAGAAGAAGACCCAACGUCCCCAAUGUCCCUUGGUCCCGCAGAUGAGGAGUUAAACGCUCUUGUCGAGGCUAAUCUUCGUCCCUUGGUUGCUUCACCUGCACCAGAAGCUGACAUCAACAUCACACUCAACCUUGUUGUGACUGCUGGUAAGGCCCAGUGGAAUGUCAACAAUGUUAGCUAUCUUGCACCCGAGGUUCCGACCCUCGUCAAAAUUCUCGAUGGUGCCAACAGCACUGAUGACUUCAAUGUCACUGAGAACACCUUCAUUCUUCCUGCUAACAAGAUUGUUCAGGUCAUUUUCCCCCCGAGUGAAGAUGAUGAGGAGCAUCCCUUCCAUCUCCAUGGAAACAACUUCUGGCUCAUCAAGUCUAAUAGCUCCGAUGAAAUCAACACCGAGAACCCGAUAAAACGUGAUGUCGCUGGUGUCGGUUCGACUGGAACUAUCAUGCGAUUUUCUACUGCCAAUCCAGGUCCAUGGUUCUUCCAUUGCCACAUCUUCUGGCAUCUUCAAGCUGGUCUUGCUACAGUGAUGGCCUCGGGUCUAAAUGAGACUCGGGCAGAAGUCCACCCCACACAGGCCUGGACUGAGUUGUGCCCGGCAUAUGAUGCUCUUUCACCUGAUUUGCAGUGA